CCCCAGCUCCGACUCAAGUCUGCGCUUCCAGGUUCAGUUUCAGGGUCUCGCCGGCAGCCCCGGCCGGCGGGCGCGCAGCGGGCGGCGGGGCCCGGGCGGCUGGGUCCUCGGGGGCCCCGGAGCAGGCAGGCGGCGUCCGGGAGUCCCCGGAGGAGGAUGGGCUGCGGACACAGCCGGCCGAGCUGCUGCAAAGCCCCCAAAAAGAGGCGCCGCAAACCAGAUCAGCUACCCAGACCACAGCCACAGGAAUUAGGUCCCCUCAAUGGGGACACAGCCACAACUGUCCAGCUGUGCGCAUCUGAGGAGGCUGAGCGGUGCCAGAAGGAUAUAACCAGAAUUCUCCAGCAACACGAAGAGGACAGGAAGAAAUGGGCACAACAGGUAGAGAAGGAGAGGGAGCUGGAGCUUCGAGAGAAACUAGAUGAACAGCAAAGAGCCCUGGAGGCAGAGCAUGAGGAGGCACUGCAAGUCCUCCGGGCCUCACACGAGCAGGAGAAGGAAGCCCUCACCCACUCCUUCCAGGAGGCCAAGGCAACCUUGCAGGAGACCAUUGAUGGACUGUCCUCACAGCUGGAGGUCUUCCAGGCCAAGAUGAAGAGGGUAGAAGAGUCCAUUCUGAGCCGAGACUAUAAGAAGCACAUCCAGGAUUACGGAAGCCCCAACCAGUUCUGGGAGCAGGAACUGGAGAGCUUACACUUUGUCAUCGAGAUGAAGAACGAGCGUAUCCGUGAGCUGGACAAGCGGCUGAUCCUCAUGGAAACAGUGAAAGAAAAAAAUCUGAUGUUGGAGGAAAAAAUCACCACUCUGCAGCAGGAGAAUGAGGAGCUCCAUGUCCGGGGCCGCAACCAGAUGGUUAUGUCAAGGCAGCUCUCGGAGGACCUGCUUCUCGCCCGCGAGGCCCUGGAGAAGGAGUGCCAGUUGCGGCGACAGCUCCAGCAGGAGAAGGAGGAGCUGCUGUACCGGGUCCUCGGGGCCGACGCCUCCCCCGCCUUCCCUCUGGCCUCUGUCACCCCCACCGAGGUCUCCUUCCUCUCCAGCUAGGACGCAGGGCCAGGACGCCUGUGGUCACAGCGCCCUCUUGAGGAUUUACCAGAGAAGACAGCGGGGGCCUCUCGUUCCAUGCCCAGGAGGGGCGGAGGGCAGGAGCGAGAUGGGCAGCCAGGGUACGAGCCCAGGGAGCCCUGAGGGCUUGGGCCGUGCAGGAUCACCCACCGGGCUUUGAGGCCCUAGAAGCACCUUCCCCUGAGUUGGCCCAGGAAACAAGCAAAGAGGAGUCCUUCCAUCCCUCCCAGUUCUUUCCGUCCAAAUCAGGGAAGUCCCGAGCUUUUCCCAGGGGCAGCCAGUGCCACUGAGGCCAUCUGACGAAGAAGUGACAACCCACUGGUCCUGACUUGUCAGCUCCCCCCCUCCCCGAGAUGUUCCCACCUCUGGUCGGGACCUCCCUCAGCCUCAGGUUACCUCUCCUCUAAAACAGCCAGGGGAACCCAGCGAAUGAUACUUGAGUGACUACAGUGCCCCAUUCUAGGAUGGUGCGAGGCUCAGACCAGGGGCUGGGGGACUGGAAAGGAAGUGGCCCACACCCUGGGAAUCAACAGGGAAAGGCGGGCCGCUGGUAAGGGGGUCACUGGAGGCCCUUGGGGCUGGGGCUGGGUAUGGUGUGGGGCAGGCAACUGCUCCCGGUCCCGAAGUCUUGCUCAGCUCAGGGGUUAAGCCAGAGCAACUCCUCAGCCUUCCUGGUCCCUCAGUCUCAGUGACACCCGGGUACACACAGAGCUGGGACCUCAUCCCUAUACCGACAAGGAAACCAAAGUGGGGAGUGGGGCCCCCAAAACAAGGACUAGGACCUCCUCUGUCAUCCAGCUCUUCGUGUGUUGUGCUUGUUUUUCUCCCCAGGCUCUGAAAGGAUCAGAUGUGCGACUUAGUCUUUCUCCUCUGACCUCUACCUGCCCCACUCACUUCCGGUCCCUCUCUUACUCCUCCCUAUCUUGACUCCUUCUACCACCCCUAAUGCCAGGCGCCAGGACCCCGGAAUGUGGCCCUCAGCUUCCCCAUCCAUGCAGAGGGGCAGCUAGAGUAACCAACCUCAGCAUGCCUGUCCAGCCCAGACCGUCUGUGGGUUUACUGUUCUUCUCAGGAAGCUUCAGGUCAUCUGGAUGCCAUCAUGAUAACCCCUCCCCUGCACAGAGCAUUUUAACUCAGUGCUCUCAGCUACACUUUCCUCCUCUCAUCUGCCUAAGAUCCUUGAAGCCGGUUCUUAUCCCUCUUCAGCAGCAGAGCAAACAGAUCACAGGAGCCAGAGGGCCUUGCCUGAGAUCCCUCAGCAAUAGCCCCAGGCCCCAGGCCAGCAAGUAAGAAAAGACAAUCCAGUAGAACGGAGGUUUCCUCCAUCAUCCUAGAUCCCAGACUGCCUUCUUUAUUCCCCUAGAUAUGGUCUGGUCUUUAGCCAUGUGUAGUUCUGGGAGUUCAGAUGCGACUGUUUCUCCAUUUCUCCCCUAGUAGGGCUAGAGGAGUGCUGAGCUGUUUCUCCAGCCAUAGGAAAACAAGUUAUCUAUCUGGGAGCCUUGGGAACAGCUCUGGAGAGAAGUGCACACAUAGUUCUUCAUGCAACUUUUCCCAAAGCUUGUCUGGGAUACACUCAUUCAUUGCACAUUAAUAGGCAUGACCAAGAAAAGAAUCGAUGGCCAAGUAAUUUGAGAAACUCUAGAUUCAGUCCAGUUAAACAGAUCUGCAAAGUGCAGGACUUCUCAGAACCUUUAAUAUGGUAAUGUGCACUACAAAUUUCCAAGAAGGAAGCAGUGUCCAGCAUUUUCUAAACUCCUGUGACCAAUUUUCUACCCCAGCCUAAGCACUUCAGGCUGCAGAAUGCACUUUAGAGAGCAUGGUUUUAAUUGAGAGGGGCCGGGCUGGAGAAGGGGCAGGUCAUGGGGAGCAGGGUUUCCCUCAAGUAACCUAUGGUGGAUGCAAGGAGAUAAACCGCGGUCAUGGCCUCACACUGGGGCAGACAAGCCGUGGAAACAAUGGUAUUGUGUUUAUCUGGCCCCAGUGUUUUCCUGGAACAGGGAGGAGGUAGCUCCUCUCUGAGGACCUUUGCCAGUGGCAGGAAUCAUUGAGGAGUAUGGUCUGGGCUUGGGUGACUCAUCAGUGACUCUGUACUCCCUCCUGGACUUCUGGUACCCCACUGGCCCUAGCUUUGCCCAGCCUUGGAGUGGGACCCGAUGUUGGAGUGAUGGCUGGCCAUUAGAAGAGGUCAUGGGUGGGCAGAGUCUCAGGGGUCAGUGCAAAGGCUCUUUCUGCUCUGCAGGGGACAACGGCUUGGCAUAACAACACCAAGGUUCACACAGUUACCUACCCCUGUUUCUGCCCGCUGCUCCACACCAGGAUGCCUGCAGCCAGGGACAGAGCUAGGAAGGGGCAGGGGACACAUGAGAGCUUCUGGUUACACGGACGUGGGUGGUGGCAGUCCCCGUGCCCUGAAGGUUGGUAGCCCUGCAGGUGUAGAUGCCAGAGUCCCCAGCCCGGGCCUCUUCCACAUGCAGGGUACUCCCUGCCUCCUGCUGUACCUGGCCCUCUUGGCGAACGACACUGGCCCACUCGCUGACGUAGGGGGGUCGGCCCAGCUGCAGGGACAAAACAUAACUGUCCAUCAGCUACCCCAGGUGUCAUCUCUGACUUAGGCACCAGCAGGCAAGUAAGAGGUACUGUGUCCCUUCAGGGAAAGGGACAGUGACUCGCCCAAUGUCACACACAUAUAUCGGAACACCUGAAAGGCCAGGCUCUUUGUGGGAAAUGUGGGCUUCUCAAGUCCCUGGGGAGAAGCUGGGGUCUCCUCUCCUACUCAAGGAGAUACAGGAAGUGACUUGGCUGGGAGCAGCACCCCGCGGUGUGGGUUUUGCGGCACUCUGGUUUUGUGGGGUUGUUAAUGGGUGCUGCCUCCCCAGAGAAGGGGAGGUGGGGUUCUAUUAUGAAAAUUGUUUGAGAAACACUGAGUCAAGUAAAAUUAAACUGGGGAGACUCCG